CGCAGUCACGUGACCCAGCCAGCUGUUAGCAGGGGGCUGGAGAGCUCCGAGUCUGGAGAUCGGGAAGCGCCGGCGGUGGCCUGCUCUACUGCCGCUGCAGCCCCUGAUGCAGACGCAGUAACCCGGCCGCCGCAGCGCUCCCAACUCGGCAGUCUCAGCAUCAGCACCACAGGACCCGGCCCGAGCCCGCUGCUUUAGCAGGAUGUCUGGCGCUCCUCCAAGUUACUGUUUCGUGGCUUUGCCACCUCGAGCUAAGGAUGGUUUGGUGGUGUUUGGGAAAAAUUCCGCACGGCCCAGAGACGAAGUGCAGGAGGUGGUGUACUUCCCGGCUGCUGAGCACGAAGCUGAGAGCAGAGUUGAGUGCACUUACAUCUCAAUCGACCAAGUUCCCAGGACCCACGCCAUAGUGAUAAGCAGACCUGCCUGGCUCUGGGGGGCAGAAAUGGGAGCCAAUGAACACGGGGUAUGCAUAGCCAAUGAAGCCAUCACUGCCAGAGAGCCGGCUGCUGAGACGGAAGCCUUACUGGGCAUGGAUCUGGUCAGGCUUGGUUUAGAACGAGGGACAACAGCUAAAGAAGCCUUAGACAUCAUUGUCUCCUUGUUGGAUGAGCACGGACAAGGUGGGAAUUAUUAUGAAGAUGCACAUUCCUGCCAUAGCUUCCAAAGUGCAUAUCUGCUGGUGGAUCGCGACGAAGCCUGGGUGCUGGAGACCGUAGGGAAGUAUUGGGCUGCCGAGAGAAUCACAGAGGGGGUGAGGUGCAUUUGCAACCAGCUGUCACUCACAACGAAGAUGGACGAAGAGCAUCCGGAACUCCGGACGUAUGCUCAGAGUCAAGGCUGGUGGACAGGAGAGGAUGAAUUCAAUUUUGCCCAGGUUUUUUCUCCAGCCGAUGACCAUCUAGACUGCUGUGCAGGCAAAGACAGCUUAGAAAAGCAGGAGGAAAGCAUCACUGUGCAGACGAUGAUUAACAUCUUACGGGAUAAAGCCAGUGGAGUUUGCAUAGACUCUGAGUCUUUCCUCACUACAUCCAGUAUAGUGUCUGUCCUGCCUCAGAACCGAAGUUCACCGUGCAUCCACUACUUCACCGGGACCCCGGAUCCUUCCAGGUCCAUAUUCAAGCCAUUCAUCUUUGUCGAUGAUGUCAAACUUGUCCCCAAAGCACAGUCACCCUGUUUUGGUGACGAUGACCCAGCCAAAAAGGAACCUCGGUUCCAGGAGAAGCCAGACCGCCGGCAUGAGCUAUACAAGGCUCAUGAGUGGGCACGUGCUGUCAUCGAGAGUGACCAGGAGCAAGGCCGCACGCUGAGGAAGACCAUGCUGGAGUUGGAGAAGCAAGGCUUGGAAGCCAUGGAAGAGAUCCUGAGCAGCCCCGAGCCCCCAGACCCUGCCGAGGUGGGGGACCUUUUCUAUGACUGUGUGGACACCGAGAUGAAGUUCUUUAAGUGAUGUAAGCAUCCUCGCCCUUAGUUCAAACCUCCCACCCAACUAAAUUACCAGCAGAGAAACACUCUUCUGUUUGAGUAAAACGAGACUUACCAUGUGGCCUCCUUGUGUCUAAAUGUUCCCUCUGUUCAGCCUAGCACCCUCCCCGCUUCGCUAUGUAACUCAACCCCACAUGCCUCCUGCUCCAUUGUGUGAUAAGCUUCAGGCUUGAAGACCUUCUUGUAUUUCAGUGACAAUGGUCACCUUAGGAGAGCUAGAGUUCCCUCAGCCUUGGACAGGGCUGCAGGGCCUCGCUGGUAGGAAAGACAAGAGCCGUGAAGGUCCUGGUCCCUCUCUAGAUAGUGAUUUCUUCAAGGCUAACAAAUGGCUUUUGUUUAUACUGAAGGCUUUGAUGUGUGUAGAAGGGGGAGAACCCCACCCCCCAGCCUUCCUCCACAAAGCACAGGCUUACGCGUAGUUCACAGUCCCCACAGGUUAUGUCUUGGGAAACAAAGCCAAUGGGGAUGAACAGAGGAGCCCCGGGUACAGUCCCAGCUCUGCCCCAGUGUGUGUGACUCUGAAAGAUCUGUCUUCUGUGAGCUGUGUUCAUGCGCGGUGGACCAGACCUGCUUCCACAUAUAUGUGGGAGAGCUGGGCAUCCAUGUUAUCUGGACCUCCCCAUCCAUCAUUGUAUCCACUCGAGGACAUGGCCCUGUGCAGAAAUGACUUGUGACUUGAUUGUCAGCACCUUGUAUAAGGGUCAUUAAAUGGCCCCGGGCAGAGUUCACAGAGCUGCAAAUGAGGGGAAGAAAAGGGACACUCUUGACUGCUGAAGGCACCUGGGAUCCGGGCAGCCGCUGUCUCAGUAGACACUGGAACUAAACUCGUUUGUUUCCCACACCAUUGGGUUGCAAAAAGAAUUUGACUCCACAGGAGUUGUGUGAGGAAGACAGAGCAGGUUGGGGACAGACAGCUGUGCCCACUGCCUGGUUAACUAGACCCCACAAAUCAGUGUGCUGAGCACCUGACCUCCAGGGUCUCCCCACUUAGUUCUCAUGCCCCGCUGUCCAGCAGCUGCCUUUGGACUGGUGUCUUGAAGGAGCGAGAGGAUGUGGGUGCUUAUCCACUGCCACUCUCCACUACUCCCGAAGGGGCCACGGGGUAAAGAUGACCGUCAGAAGUGUAGAUGAGAGGACCAGAGCUAGUGGGGGGUGCUGCAGGGCCCAGUUAUCUGUUGUCGGUUUUGACAGGGCUGAGCAAACACAAACUGUUCCUCAGUGAUCUCGGGCAUGGUGUGGGGUCACCGCAUUCUUCUUUACGGCCGUACUGUGGGCUGUGAGCUGGCGGGUACCUGGGCCCUCAUUUCACAAUGCAGGCCACGGGUUUUAUUGGGACAAAUCUUGGUCUCUUUCAGCCCUCCUUUAAGAGGGUGGGGUGUGGGCUGUGAGUCCCUUUCUUGACUGUUUUGUGAGUUCCAUGCGUAAACAAAUGGCAAAACAUGAGAGAUGGGACAAGUUCAUGUCGACCAAAUGACAGCUUGCAGUUGCUGGAGCUUUGGGCAGGCUGAGCCUGGCAUCUAAUGCUGAUGAACAGAGGGGCACAGGGAGAGCAGCUAAGUCGAAAGUGCGCGCAGGUGCAAAGGGGAACGGGGUGAUGUUUGAGGAGACAAUAGCUGCCUGUCCAACCCCACCUGCUGAGUUAUUUAAGGAAGGUGAUGCUGAAAGCCAUCCUGGGGUUUCCCUGUGUGGUCUCACCUCCACCUGUGAGGCCAGCUCAUCAGCUCUGACCUGCCUGAGACAGCCAAGGUGAUUCAGGGUUUGAUCAGAAGUCUAGUGAAAGUGAAUAGUAACACAACGACCUUCUUUCAGUACUUUGGCCAAGGUUGCAGAUGGCUGUGCUGACUUGAUGUCGUUACCCAGGUGGGCACUGCAGAACACAGUAGCUAUUUCUGUUAUUGGAUAUUGAGUUCAGUCCGGCAUCACAGGAAAAAGGCCAACCCUCCUGCUUGGAGCGUUGUACACCUCAACCAUGGUGUCCUUUUACCACUAGAGGGCGCAGGAGCCCUCUGUGGGCAGCCUGGCAGACCUUGGGGGGGGGGCGGGUAGUUUUUCCCCUCAAGCAGUGGACAGAGCUGGGAACAGAAGUUUUUCUUGCUGGGAUGGGUGGGAACGGACACCAGGACAGGAAGGAAUCUGGCAGGUGCCUGCAUGCGCUUCAGUGACUUUAUCUAAAUUAACAGCAGAAAUGAUCCUGGAUUUUGAGUAGGCAGAUGUAGAAGAAUAUUUGUUUUAAAACGCUCCUAAUGGAUUUCUCUUUGAAGAAAUGCUUCUUACGUGGGUAAUUUCUUAAUUGGGGUUGGCUUUCUGAACAUGGAGAAAAUAGAUAUUCAGGAUGAAAUACAAAUGGAAUGUUUAAGAUCACUCUGUAAAUAACUUCCCAGAAGACCACCCUAUAGCUAUUAAGUCUCGAGGGUGGGGGAUCCUGAGCACACUUUGUGCAGAAAUAAGUCAUGAGCAUUAAGGACAGACUGCCUGCCCCCACCUGCCCCACAGAACCUAACGAUAAGCUAGCUAGUCUUGUGUGGAUGAGAUUUCCACUAAGUGAAAACAGCAUCAUGGGGGGGGGGGAGCAGACACUUGAGUGGACAUAAGUUAGUGAAUAGGAAACAGUCUUUACCAUUCUUGGGGGUGACUCGAAGCUGGGAUAGAAUUAGGACCUGAUAAAAGCCAUGGAGACUUAGCCUAACACGAGACCCAGUGUUUGUGGCCGUCAGCCUCACGAGCUGCUGAAGCCGGUGUAUGCCUAGUGGAUCUCGGUGGCGACACUCCAUUACUGCUACGUGAAUCAGCAGCUAUAACAAGUCAUUGUCAACCACAAAAAAUAAUGUCAUCCCACACUGUUACAGGUGAUACCACACCAUGCAGGCCCACAGGGCAGCCAGGCGUGCACGUCUUGAAAUCGCUGGCUGCAUUCUUUUAUUGCAAAGGUCUCAGCUUUGGGAGAAAACACGGAGGUGGGGGGGGGGGGAAUCUAGGGGAGGGACCCUGGAGGCGAGUAGUGGCAGGUGCGGGCAAGCAUCCCAGCUCCUCUGCGCCUCCCUUAGCUGUGCUGUGUUUUAUUCCACGCGGAGCUGAGUCUUGGCUCCUGUUCUGUGGUCUGUGUCCAAAUGUAUUUUAUCUGACUGAAGGCAGCCAUCCUGAAAUGUCACACUCAGAAUUCCUGCAGACACCACUAAGUACAUGUCUUUAAUCAUCUUGUGAGAACUGAAAUGCCAUAGCUGGAGCAGCGUCACCGAGAACCCUUGUUUCCUGUCGGGGGAACGGACUGUGUGGUCUUACAGCCUUUUGUACAAAUCUCUACAAGUCAAGUAAUGUCCCCAUCCAGUGCUUGCCCUCGGGAGUGUCUUUAAAUGCACCAAAUGUACAAUAAAAAUAUCGAAGUCCA